UUUGACAUUUGUUUGACAUUUACAAGAAAGGCACUUUCUUUCGUGUUCACGUUGUUUUUAUUUACUAAUUAUCGAUUAAAAUGGAAUUAAUUGAUAAUGAAAUCCGGCCGUGGAGUAUCGAGGAGAUCAAGGAACAAUUCGGGGACAACCUAACAUUGUUGCCUUCCAACGACAACAUAAAAGAACUGCAAACUAUCCUUCGAGACAAAAAUACAUCAAGGAGUGACUUCAAGUUCUAUGCAGACCGUCUGAUCCGCCUCGUCAUUGAGGAGAGUCUGAACAAGCUUCCAUUCACCGACUGUGAGGUGGUGACACCUACUGGAGCCCUAUAUAAGGGCCUGAAGUAUGGAGCUGGGAAUUGUGGUGUAUCUAUUGUCAGAUCUGGUGAAGCUAUGGAGCAGGGUCUCCGGGACUGCUGCCGGUCCAUCCGCAUCGGCAAGAUCCUGGUGGAGAGUGACACGGACACACACGAAGCUCACGUGGUGUACGCUAAGUUCCCCGAAGAUAUUGCUCGCAGGCAGGUCCUGCUCAUGUACCCUAUCAUGUCCACUGGAAACACUGUUAAACAGGCAGUAAACGUCCUAACACAACACGGUGUGAAAGAGGAACGCAUUAUCCUGUCCAACCUGUUCUGCACCCCAGCAGCGGUUCAAGCCGUGGUUGACUACGUGCCUAAGAUGAAGAUAUUGACCUCAGAGUUGCACCCGGUGGCUCCCAACCACUUUGGAAUGAAGUACUUUGGGACUGACUGAUAUGACGAUGAGGAGUAGGGUGAUGUACUUGUGUAAGUGACGUCUGGGUUUUGUGAAAGUGCGAGAUGUAGUUUUUUGUAAUAGCGUUGUGUUGUAAACGGUGUAGCAUAAUAUGCACCUUACUUUACUUGCCCAAGUAAAUAAGAGGUCAGGUAGGCUCUGCACAGCAGCCGUACCGCGCGCGGCUUGAUAUAUAACGAAGGUUUCAACCAAUUGACGCAGCGAAUUUUAUCUACGUGGAUAGAGGGCUGCUCUUGCUCCUAUUAUAUCCUAGGAUUCGACCAAUAGCCAUACAACGUUUAUCUUCUUCUAUCGUGUGGGUCGUUAGGUGGAUUGCUACAACCGCCAAAGGCCCCUGACAUGGCUCAUGUAACGACUACUAACUUGCAUCAGUAUAUAGUAACCGGGACCAACGGCUUAACCUGCCUUCCGAAGCACGGAUCACCUUUCGGACAAUCAGAUGAUCAGACUGUAAUGUCCUAACCAAACUAGCGAUCACAGAGUGAUUUUCGUGAGAUGUCCCCAUCGGGAUUUGAAGCCGGGAUCUCCGGAUCGUGAGCCCAACGCUCAACCACUGGACCACGGAGGCCGUUAAUCUACGUGGAUAGCAUUUGCUGCCGGUUGCCGCGCAGAGCUUUUGAUUCGAUAUCAUCAUCUUCAUAGCGUUUCCCGUUUUCACAGGGUCCGCUUACCUCACCUGAAGAUUUGACAGGUCCGGUUUUUGCGACUGUUGCGAUAAUUUUGAUUCAAUGUGAAAUUGAAUGAGUUAAUGUCUGGGUCUUUCGUAUUAUCCGAUGAAAUUCUGCAUUGAUUAGUAGCGUAUUUAUUGAAAUGAUAUCGAAUUUCAAUGAUGGACUUUCUAUGCCACAUUCCCAAAUAAAAAUAUAGAUGGCUUUGUUUAACCGUCUAAUUUCAUGGAUAACAGACAUAUGCAUCUUUUAUCUUUGUUUUUGGGUAUAAAUGAUGACCCUUUUUAUUUAUUACACCCAGCCACUACACAUCUUCCACACAUUAUUAGGUAACAACAUAACUUGAUACAUAGCUGAUCCAAAUACCAAGCAACAAUUAUUUUAUAUGACUAAUGGCAGGAAUUAUGUUGCUACCUAUAUUGUUUCUCUUUAUUUUGAUCAGAAUAAUAAUAAUAAUCAUUAUGUGAAGCAAGGCAGCAAGGUACAAUGUUCACUAAGGCACAGUCCCUGUCGUGACGUCAUAUGUAGUGCAAGCGCUACAGUCGGAAGCCG